GUCGUGUGUGUUUUUCCGCUUAUACGGUAUAAAAAAUAUAAUCGAGAGUGCGUGCGCUGUGGUGCUGUGCACGGAUCGUCGGCGCGAAGCGAACGACCCAACGACUUUUUCGAUUCGAACGUCGGUGGUCGUUUUACGUGUGUUUGCAGGCCAAUAUAUAGUCGUUGCUAAAAGUGCAGUAUAACAGCCGAAACCCGAGAAAGCCUGCUGCAUGUCCGCGUCGAGCAGCUUCAUCCGCUGCUCCGUAUAACCUCCAAUGGGAUCGAGAAAAUCUCGAAAGCAGCACCAGCACCAGCACCAGCCCCACGAUCAACACGAGUCGAAGCUGCUGGAUGAUGAAAAUCGCGCGAGGGUAAGCACCGGCUGAGUCAUGUCGGAGCCGUCCGCGAGCAUCGUCCAGCACAUCGUCAACGUUGUUGUUGCCUGCAGCAGUGUCAGUAGUAUAAGCAGCAGCAGUAGCAGCAGCAGAAGAAAAAGAAGUGGCAGCAGCGGUAUAACUCGUUCGAUCCGCGUCGUCAGUAGUAGUGGUCGUCGUGCGACGAGGCGCCGUCGUUGCCGCCGCCCGGGCGCUGCUGCUCAUCCUCCUCCUCCUCCAGUGGCCUCGAGCAGUACGAGCUCCAGGAAAGCCACGGACUGUUGUCUAGCGAUCGUCGUCGGGCCCUGCACGUCGAGAUCGACGACCAGUCGGCGGGCCCGCUGAGACGGCCGCGCGCGCUCUGCUGGCGUCGUCGUGCUGACACAUCCGCGCACGAGAGCUCGCAGACUGCAGAGCGAGGCCAUGCGGCGGGCCCCCCCACCCACGACCCCACGAACACGAGCACGAGCAUCGUCGUCGUCGUCGUCGUCGGCAAGCAGAAGCAAUUUAUACAGCAGCAGCUGCAGCAGUGUGUGUGUGUCGUGAGUGUGUGUUGCGUGCUGUGUGCUGUGUUGAUCGGAGUGUAGUUCGUGCCCCCCGUGUGUGUUGUUGUGCAUUUAUAAAGAAUCGCGCGAGUGAGCCUCUCUGGCAUGAGCAAGGCCGCUGCCGCCACUGCCAUCUCCAGCACGGUACCAUCGGGGAGGUGAACGAUGGCCAGUAGCACGGAGGAUUACGGCUCGGAACUGCAGGAGCUGCAAUGGGGUCUGCGCGACGCCGGGGGCGGCUCGUCGCACUAUCUGCGCUCGGGUGUCGGCGGUGGCUCGUCGCAUUACCUGCGCUCGGGUGGCGGGGGCGGCGGGCCCGGGGGCAGCUUCGAGGCCGAGGACCUCGAGAUGAGCUCGUCGUCGUCGCGGCUGCAUCAUCAGCAGCAGCAGCAGCAGCAUCAUCUGCAGGGCGUCGGCGGUCGCGAUCGGGGCUACUACAGUCCGCCCGGCACGAGCUACACCAUCGUCGAGCGGCCGCCGAGCGCCCCGGCCCAUCACUCGAGCUCGCAGCAGCAGCAGCACCAUCACCAGCAGCAACAGCACCACUCGAGCAGCCACGCCACCCCGUACAGGCAUCGAGGUCACGGGGCCACUUCCGCUGCCGGCGCUUUGGGUGGAGCCAGCGGGCCCAUAUCGCCCGAGCAGGUCAUCAGCUUGUUCGGCAAUGGCCUUCAGCGUCGAGGUGGCAACGAGCGAAGAACACCGGCCUCGAGUCCGGCCUCGGUGGCCGCGAUGCGCGGCGGCGGCGGCGGCAUGGGCUCGUCGUCGGCUCAGGCGACGUCGUCGUCGACGAGUAAUCUUCAAACGUCGCCGCAGUCACUGAGCCUGCAGGAGUUGACGGUGAGGACGAUCACGAUGACGCGCGACCCGCCCGACUCUCAUCACGGCUUCGGUAUUUGCGUUAAGGGUGGAAAGGAUGCCGAUGCGCAGUCAGGGGUGGGAGUCUACAUUUCGAGGGUCGAGGAGGGCUCCGUCGCCGAGCGAGCUGGACUCCGGCCAGGCGACACCAUCUUGGAAGUCAACGGUACGCCGUUUCGGGCAGUGACCCACGAGGAAGCUCUCAAAAUGCUGAAGUCAUGCCGGACGCUGAGCAUGACGGUGCGCGGCCCGGCCAUCGAUCCGCGCUGCCGCGGCGGCCAUCCGGUCUGGCCGCAGAAUCGCCAGCAGACCUGCAGCUGGAUGGACAGGCAGGGCAGGCCGGCCUCGCCGCCGCCCGUGAAUCUGCACGAGGCGCGCUACCGGCAUCGGCAGCGCAAGCUCGACCUCGUCAUCGAGCCCGGCCAGUCGCUGGGCCUGAUGAUACGCGGCGGCCUCGAGUACGGCCUCGGCAUCUACGUGACGGGCGUCGACAAGGACAGCGUGGCCGACCGAGCUGGACUCUUGGUGGGCGACCAAAUUUUGGAAGUGAACGGCCAGAGCUUCGAGGAAGCCACGCACGACGAAGCCGUGCAAAUUCUGAAGACCAACAAGCGCAUGAGCCUGAUCAUACGCGACGUUGGCAAAGUGCCUCACUCGUGUACAACGAGCCAACCGAUGGUCGUGCCCAUGUCGAGGUAUCAGGAUCACGACACUUCGAUACUCGAGAGUCCGGGCAAUCGUCGAUCGCCUAGUCCAUCUAAUAGCUUGAGCGAUUGGAGGCACCGAGGCGUACAACCGAUCUCGGCUGCGACGGCCGCUAUGGUCGAGGAGAAGGCGCGCAUCGUGCUGGCGCGUAGCGAGAGGGCCGCACUCUCGCAGCUUCUCGCCGACUACAGGUCCCGCCGACUGAACGUCGAGGAUCUCGUGGUGAGCCUCGGCGACCUCCUCAACACGCACGAGAAGCUCACGCUGCUCACGGAGCUGCGCGAGCUCGUCGACUUGAAGGACAGGCCGAUCUUCGACGAUCUCGUCUACAGGCCCAGGCUCUCGAGGAGAAAAGGUGACAGAGUACAUAACUCAGACUUGAUAGUGGCGCCGUCGAUGCACGAGCUUCCGAGAGUCGUGACUGGUUCUUGUUACCGACCAGGCCGAGGAUCGGACGUCGAAGGAGAUCCUUUUGCCGUGACGGGACCACUUCUGCUCCGAGAAAACCAGGAAUAUCGCUCACCAAGCGAGGACAGCGGCCUUGGACCCGAAAUGACCAGGACCAGAGGGUCUUACAGACGAGCUCAUCACUAUCAGGUAGUCGCAUCCGACUUCGCACUCUCCAACGACGACGAAUUCGAUAGUCAGGAUUACGUGGACGAGGACUUGGACUGUGAUAGAGGUGGCCGACGGCACAGCUCGCCAGGUGGACGCAGAAACUAUCAACAUCAUCAUUUACUGGCCGACAAUUUGGGCGAGAUCGACGGCAUUUGCGAGCUUAGCGAGACCGACCUGAUGCUCGGUAACGGGGUGAUGCUCCGCGAACGCGAUAUCGAGGACGUCCUGGACGAAGAACGUGACGAGAGGAGCUCCGAGAGUGGUGGAGGUUUUGGUGGUUGGAAGAAUCACUUGCUAGGUGGUAUAACGCAACGCGUCAAGUCCUGGUACUGGGGCAGACCCCUCGAGAUCGGCCACAAGCUGUCGCGCAGCUACGACAUGCAGGAGGCCCAGCUGUUGGACGAGUCGGGCAACCGGAUCAUGGACGGCCACGGGGCCCACGGCUCGAUGCAGCGCCGCCACCACAGCGCCCAGAGAUUGCGCGGCGACGGCGAGCUCGGCGGUGGGCCGCCUCUGAGACGCGAGGAGGACGCGGCCGUCGUGCUGCCCGACCAUCAGGGCAAUCUGCGGAUAAUCGUGCGCAAGAGCAAGCCGACCCUCGGCAUCGCCAUCGAGGGCGGCGCCAACACCAAGCACCCGCUCCCGAGGAUCAUCAACAUUCACGAUAACGGAGCGGCUUACGACGCCGGCGGUCUGGAGGUUGGCCAACUCAUUCUGGAGGUCGACGGUCACAAGGUCGAAGGUCUGCAUCAUCAGGAGGUGGCCCGGCUGAUAGCCGAGUCGUUCGCGCGUCGCGACCGCGGCGAGAUCGAGUUCCUAGUCGUCGAGGCGAAGAAGAGCAACCUCGAGCCCAAGCCGACGGCCCUGAUAUUUCUGGAGGCGUAGCAGGAAUCCCCCACCGCCGAGGCGGAGCCGCCGUAGCGGCGGGUAGGGUCGUCCUCGUCGUCACCGGCGCGCACGACCCGGUAGUAACUACACGAUGGACGAGCGACCCGAGCAAAUGCUGUACACACGACCAAGAGAGCCCGAGAG